AGCAAGUGAGCGAAGGAGCAGUGGAAGAAGCCGGUGCGCGCCAGUAGCUCGUGGCUGCAGCCACCUUCAACAGAAGACGGAGCCAGGAGUUUCUCAGUCGCGGAGGAAGUCUGGCUGGAUGUCAGCAGAAGAAGUUGUUUGCGUCGUCUGCUUGCAAGAGGGGCAAAGAACCAGACCGCCCGGGGCUCCCGCUGGCCUCUCCAAAAGAGGGCAGAGGAGGAGGAAGCAGCGGCGGCGGCGGCAAAGAGGCAAAACUCCAGCGGGGGAGGAGGCGGCUGAGCCGAGAGGCAGACACGGCUCUCUCCACCACGUGCCUUUCCUUCCCAUGGCCUGGACUGCCUGAAAGCCGGAGGCGGUUUCUUCCGAAGCUCUGCACGCGCGAGGCUCUCACUUUCCCGGCGUGACCGCGGAACAGCGGCUUGGGAGCAGGCAACCUCCUACUCCGAAGCUGGGGAAGCGUAGUGGCCGGACGGCGCGUCCCUGACGGCAGAUGCGGUUUUAAAAAGCGACGCGCGCGUCGGAAGCGCGAAGAAGGGGAGUGACGCUGGUCAGCUGCUCACUGCUGCUGGGUUAGCCCUCUGAGGAGCCUUCGCCGGCCCAUUGAGCCUCCGCGCCGCACACACGCAGGAGACGCGCGCACCGGCCAGGGACCUGCCGGGAGUGUUAUGGUUCCCGGAGUCCCUCGCUCAGCUCUGCCUGCCCGGUGGCACAGCCCCGCCUCUCCUGCCCUGCUUGCUGCUGGACUUUGGGGUCGUUGCUACCUCUUAGGCGAGAGGGCAGCGUUUCUCCCUGUGGCGGCGGCAGCGGGCUCUGGCGCUUCUCUCCGCCUUGGGAUACCCUCUUGCCGCCCGCCGCCGCUGGGAGUGCCUUUCUCUCCCUUCCCACAGUCACACCUCCAGCGCGGGUUUUCCCUCGACAGCCCGUCAGCAGCUUGCCUUGGACUAAUGAGGUGGGAAGUCCCGCGCGGGUCUCUGAAGUAGGCAGCUGUGCGCGGAGCGAGGAAGGUGCCGCCAGCAGCAGCAAAUGGCUCCGCAGUGGAGCGCGAGCACCGCCGCCCCUUCCCCUUAGGGGAUUGUCUUGGAGUCCUUGGGGCUUGUCAGCUGGAUUUUUUUUCCUCCGGCGUGGGCUGGUCUUGCUUCCCGCUUGCCAACUACAGGAUUGCCUGCGGGCUGCUUCGCACGCACUUCAGCCGCCCGCCUCCCUGGGGACGGGAACCUCUCGCGCUCUGUGCACAGCGAGCUCCUUUGGCUUCUCCCAUACCCGCCCGCGGGACGUUGUUCUGUUAUCUCACAACAAGUUGGCUGCGGCUGCUGCUGCUUCAUGCGAACUCGCUCCAUAGCUUGCGCAGCCAGAAGACCUUGACUGGGGGCACCAGGCCAAGGGGGCGCAUACACAUAAGAUAGCUCCAGGCGCAGGCGCGCUUUCUGCCACAUGCAACUAGCGGACGCUUGACCCACGACAUUAAACUCGCGCAGCUGAGGGCACCCUUGGGGGCUGGAACCCUAGACUGAUCUCUUGUCUCCACAACACAUUGUUCUGUCUUUAAAGUCAGUGCAUAGACAGGAGUUCAGCAUACACUUUGUGGGCACUGCGUCUUUGUGGGUGCGUAUUUCACUCACAGACUUCUGGUUAUACUCUCCUGAAUAGUACACAUAUAGCGUCCCCAGGGCCGCCCUCCCCGCCUCCCCCCUCACGGUCCUAUAGGUCCUGUAAGAGCCGCCAGUGAAAUUAGCACACACAGAGACACUUUCCUGAGUGUUGCGUCUCGUUCCCCUCUCAGCCCAGGUAGAGAGGAGAGGCACGCCCGCCUGUCUAGCCGACCGAGCCUUGGAGGCCCGAGUUUGGGCGCCAGGCGCUGCCGCCGCCCCGGCCGCCACCCUCUGGAGCUGGUGCCAUGUGGAGGGGGCGCUGUUCUCCGGGGCGGGCGGCCCUGGGAGGGCGGCUGCUGCUGUCCCUGCUGUUCCUGCUGGGGCUGGCGACUAGGGCGCGGGCCAGCGGCGAGUACUGCCACGGCUGGCUGGACGGGACGACGUGGCGGGACGGCUUCCAGUGCCCGGAGCACUUCGACGACGGCGACGCCACCAUUUGCUGCGGCACCUGCGCCCUUCGCUACUGCUGCUCCCGCGCGGAGGCCCGCCUGGACCAGGGCGUGUGCGACAAUGACCGGCAGCAGGGGGGAGCCGAGCAUGGCCGGCCGGACAAGGACGUUCCCGACGGCGCAGCAGUGCCUAUCUAUGUGCCGUUCCUUAUCGUUGGAUCUGUCUUUGUGGCAUUCAUCAUCUUGGGAUCUCUCGUAGCAGCUUGCUGCUGCCGAUGCCUGCGACCUAAGCAAGAGCCGCAGCAGAGCCGAGCUCCUGGAGGCAACCGGAUAAUGGAGACGAUUCCCAUGAUUCCAAGUGCCAGCACCUCCCGAGGAUCCUCCUCACGUCAAUCAAGCACUGCUGCCAGCUCCAGUUCCAGUGCCAACUCGGGUGCCAGGGGCCCCCCUACCAGGUCACAAACCAACUGCUGCUUACCAGAAGGGACCAUGAAUAAUGUAUAUGUCAACAUGCCAACCAAUUUCUCAGUACUGAACUGCCAGCAGGCUACGCAGAUAGUGCCACACCAAGGCCAGUAUCUGCAUCCACAGUACGUAGGCUAUGCUGUGCAACACGACUCUAUGCCCAUGGCCCCUGUUCCCCCUUUCUUGGAUGGUCUGCAAAGUGGAUACAGGCCUAUUCAGUCUCCUUAUCCCCACAGUAACAGUGAACAGAAGAUGUACCCAGCAGUAACUGUGUAGUUUUAAGAAGGGGAACAAAAACAAGUUUUAAAAAAGCAAAAUGAAAAUUUAAAAAAAUUGCCGCAACAGACUGUGAGCAGAGGAGAAACGCUUUCAGAACGAAGUUUGCUGAACAUCAUUUGUAAAUAAUUUUGGAAGGCUCAUGCAGUGUUUAUAAACUCUCUUCUUUUCAUUUGGGUUCAGUUGCCAAAAAGCUGUAUGAAGAUAUAUUUGAAUUAACAUUUCCAGAUAAUGUUUCCAUUCCAAUGCAUGAUUCACAGAGGCAAAGGAUUAUGUUGAAGAGACAUCUGCGUUACAGCUAACAGUGUGUGUGUGAGAGUGAUUAAAUGCCUGAGCCAUUAAGUGCCCUUCAGGUACACAGUCAAAGGUAUUUGCCGAGUUAAUAGAAAACGUUCUGUUACACUGUACAAGAUAAUAUUUUAGAAGCGUCUUUUCUUACCCCCUUGCCCUGAGCCUAACUGUACUUCAAAUUGCUGUACUGACAAUCACAAUGGUGACAGAAGACCAAACUGUGCAAUCCUUACUAGCCACAUCGUCCUAGCAGCUUAAUUUGAAAUUACUGUAUCCUAUAUUGUGAAGAUCAUAUAAAGAGCCUUCCUAUAAAGUACCUUUAUAAGAAGCAUGCCAGACAUCUAGGGCUGGAUCCAAAGUUGCACAAGUGGAAUGAGGUUCGCAUAAGGGAACAUCCCUUUCUCCCCUGGAGCCAGUGGGCAAGAUGUGGACAUCAACAAGUUGUGUCUUUUUGUUUUUGUUUUUUUGUUCUCAGACUCUUUGUUCCUUUUGGUUCUCCUCCUUUUCUACCAGGGCCAGCUAGCCCUGGUAGCCUGUAGCUGGCUACCAGGGCCAGCUACAACAACUAUAAGGCUACAACAUAAUGCCUCUCCUUGGUUGCUGUGGAUUUCCCCCUCUCCUUGCAGCCCACAAGCCCAAUCUCACUCCUUUCCUGAGGGUCUCUCAGCCCUCUGAGCAGCUCGAGGUGGGUGGAGGGGAGAACUCAGAGAAUUGCAGCAGGGAGGAGGGGGAAGUUCUCUUGUGCAAGGUUUAUUCUGCUCAUGCAAAUUUAGAACCAACCCUUAUUUUCCAGUGGUCUGUCAUUUAUCCAGCUUUUUGUUUUUUGACUUGUGGGCUGGGAUCCAAAGAGCUACUUCAAGGCUUGAUCAAUUCCUGGUGGGAUUUGGACUCUCCCUCGCUUCUUCUUUCACCCAUGUACCUCCAUUGCUGUACUGCAAAGUGUUUUGAAAGUUUCACAAAGGGAUUUGCUCUGUGGUAUGGAGAGCUGCUGUUUGAGAAACACAAGCCUCAGGCCACCUUGUUUGCAUGGAACUAGUUGCAUGGAUCUUUGGGUUCUGGCCAUGGGUAGGAACUUCUGAUGUUUUGCAGAAGUGUGGUUUACUUUGACAGUUUUCAAGUCAGAAGUGAAUGAGCAGGCUUUGUUCCAACUGAAAUCUCCCCAAAAGCCAAACCUUUUUGUCCUGUGCAUUUCAUGUUUGACUGUAUUUGCUUGUAAAGGCUACUGCAGUCCUCAAAAACACCCACUUCAGUAUUUGGCUUCAGUAGCAUGAGAUUUGUGGUUUGCAGUCAUAAUUUCUUCCAGCAUGACUCCCUGACCCUACACCAGUUAAAUAGGAUCCAAAAAUCAAAUAUAGCCCCUCUCACAAAUAGGAUUCAUAUCUAAUACUGUCUUUUCUACCCAUAUGUGUGUCUGUGUGUUUUAAAGUCAGUCCAAGCCACAGAACAUGGAGAGACGUUUACAGCUAGAACAGGAGACCUAUAGGGAGUGGGCGGGGUUUUUUUUUUUUUAAGCAUUAGAAGUACACUGUGGCUGACAUUCAAAGCAUAGAUGCAUCUAGCAGCCUAACAGAACUUCCCAGCUAAUGACACCAGUGCAGCAGGGAAGCAGCCAUUUUUACACCCUCCCCUUCCCCAGGAAGCCCACUGUGCCAGCUGAAAAUAUGUCCUUGAGGGUUGUGAAGAAAAUAUGUCCUUGAGGGUGUCAAACAUUGCUGCUUCCCUGCUGCACCAGUGCCCUUAGCUGGAAAGUUCUGUUAGGCUGCUCUCUUAUUACACUGGUGCAUCAUCCUUACUCUGUAUGUCAGCCACUAACACCAUCAGAACAUUUGUAGGGGAAGGGCAUAGCAUCUUGAUAAUUUUGCAUUGUGUAACAAUUGCUUUACUAGCAAAAUAGUUCUGCAUGAUGGUGGGACUCGGAUAGCAUAACCCAAAGGGUGGCAUUGCACUAAAUCUGACAGAUUCCAUCUAUCAUCAGCAGAGCCAGCCUUAGGAGUGGGCAAGCCAGGUGGCUGCCCAGGACACCUUCCUGAAGGGAGCACUGAGCUGAGCUUGGCGGCUUCUUGUUUUUGGAGUGUAGUCUCUGUAGUAAGCUAGGAAGAAACCGAGUUCUGUAGCCAGUUUAGGUGCCAACUACAAAAAUGAACUCCCAUCAAUGGCUGACAUACCACAGAGUGAGCUGCCCAUCCAAAAGGAAUCUCAGAAUGAAACAUACUUAAAAGAUUAUUGUCUGACACACUGUGCAGUAAGCCGCCCAUCCAAUUGGGAUCUGCGCUCACAGUAUGUCAGCCAAUGAUUUUCAAAGUAUGUUUCAUUUUCAGAGUCAUUAUUACUGGGAAAGCUUGGGUGCAGGAGAGCCUGUGGCACUGAUAGGUUUUGCAGUUGUGAGCAAGGCCCACAACUUGGCAACACUGAUAAGCUAACCGUGAGGUGUGUGGUGUCUUAAGGCAGUGCUCGCCCAGGCCUCAAUCAUCAGCUCACUGUCUGGCAAUAGUUAUAAAAGAAGCAGAAGGCACAUGUUAAUUGUUAAUGCAUUUCAUGCUUCAAAAAAAAUAAAUAAAUCCACCUCUCUUUAGAAUUUCAUGUUUUACAAAGAAUGGUAUGUAGCAAUAAGUGAGACAUUCAAUAUGUUUCUGUUUACAGAAGCUCAACAGUUUACACAUAGACACAGUGCCAAAUUCAGCGGCUUUCUUUUUCCAAAUGUGACACACACUAGUAAUAAAUGCAAAAGGAAGAGAGAUUCUUGGCCAACAAAAUAGGCAUACAAGUACAUGCAUGACGCUAAUACUCUGGUACUCUGGUGUACUCUGAUACAGUGUGCAGUACAGAUAACCAUGUGUACUCAGAUAUACCUGUGUAGUUUUUCCAUGUGUAGUUUCACUGGAUCAGUCUGUUGCUGUUGGUUGUCAUCAUCAAAGUGCUCCAGUGUGUAGAUGAUUUGUCAAAAAGGGUGGCUUUUUAAAUGCAACCUUUUUGUAUUUGAUUAACUUCUCAGCUUUAAUUCUGCUGGGAGCAUAUGCAGAGCAUUGGAUACCCCUCAGAGUGCAGUUUGUUUGAGAAGAAACUGAAAAUGCUCAGCAACUCACUGGAUUGGACCCAUCGGCUCUCUUUUAGGAGAGGGUCUCAGACUAAUGUUAGGGUUUUCCCCCAGAUGUGAACAGGAGUGCUAACUUCAUUCUCUCUUUCCCAGAAUUCAUUGCAUUCAUUGCACAUGCCCUGUUAUAUGAAAAUCAGGUGAAUCUCUUUGUUUACUUGUUUAAAAAUGAAUAAGUUAAAUUGAAAAAUAUGUAGAAAUUAAUUUACAACAAAUGGGGGAAAUGCUUUGAGUUGUAAUAAAAAAAGUUUGUGACAUGUGGUGUUUUAUAUGUCAUGUAUAAUAAUGUAAAACCAAUGUUAAUGUUUGGUAUAAUUUUUUAAAUUUCUUAAGGGGCACUUGAGUAAAUGAUUCUUACAAGUGAAAAUUUUUUCAUAAUAAAUAUUUUAUGGUGUGAUUUCCCUUCCCCAUUUUCCAAUUUAA